UCUCUUUCCGCUCUUUGGUCGUAAUGCAUUCGCGUGAGUCGAGUGCGUAGAGUGGGGUGAACUGCGCAACGACUGCGUAAGGCCGUGCCACUUGAGUAUAGUGAGUGAAACCGUGCACAGAACAUUUGGAGCAUUUGCUUGCAUUCAACGACUCAUUGAAUCGAUCAUUGACCCAAAAACAAGUAGUAUCGUUUACUAACACAUUCUCUGUGCUUGAAAUUGUCAGAAAAUUACAACGAAAAAACACACCGCUGCAAUACAGUAGUUUAUAGCAUUGGCAAGAGUGCAAUAUGUCUGAAUCAAAUUUUAAAAGCCUAGAAGCCACCCUUAACAAACAUAUUCCUCCGGAAGAGCUACGAGAGGUGAAACGUGUGCUUUAUGGAAGGACGGACGACAACGAGCUGCAAUUUUCCGAAGAAACCAUUUCAUUGGCCAAGGAUGUUGAUAUCGAGCUGAAAGGUUACGUUUUUAGCGCCCGCAAAGAGGACCUGCGACGGCCAAGAAUAGUGCGGGUGGCCGCCGUCCAGAAUACGGUAGACAUACCGACCACGGCACCGAUUCACGUGCAGCGUGAUGCACUGCAUGAGAAAAUUUCCAACAUUUUGCGCGUCGCUGUAACUGCCGGGGUCAACAUCGUAUGCCUGCAGGAAGCAUGGACUAUGCCGUUUGCAUUCUGUACACGCGAAAAGUUCCCGUGGUGUGAAUUUGCCGAAGAUGUGGAGAAUGGACCAACAACAAAGAUGCUGAAGGAGCUGGCGAAACAGUACAACAUGGUCAUCAUUUCACCGAUCCUGGAACGUGAUACGAAUCAUCACGAUACAAUCUGGAAUACGGCUGUGGUCAUUUCGAACAACGGUACCGUCAUUGGCAAACACCGAAAGAAUCACAUUCCACGUGUGGGUGAUUUUAAUGAGUCGACCUACUACUUUGAGGGCGAUACCGGUCAUCCGGUGUUCGAUACACAGUUUGGUCGCAUAGCGAUUAAUAUUUGUUACGGACGCCACCAUCCCCAAAAUUGGAUGAUGUUCGGCGUUAAUGGAGCAGAGAUAGUGUUCAACCCAUCCGCUACGGUCGGAGCGCUCAGUGAGCCUCUGUGGGGUAUCGAAGCACGGAACGCGGCCAUCGCCAACAGUUACUUUACGGUGGCAAUUAAUCGUGUUGGGACGGAAGUGUUCCCGAACGAAUUCACCUCUGGAAAUGGACUGCCGGCGCACAAAGAUUUUGGCCCGUUCUAUGGAUCGUCCUAUGUGGCUGCACCGGAUGGAUCUCGUACGCCCGGUCUAUCGCGGGACAAGGAUGGUCUCCUCGUAGUAGAGAUGGAUCUGAACCUCUGCCGCCAGAUAAAAGACUUCUGGGGAUUCCAAAUGACGCAGCGUUUGCCACUUUACGCUGAAAGCCUUGCGAAGGCAGUUAAGCCCGACUACAAACCGCAAAUAAUUCGCGAAAGUUAAUCUUAAUUUAGGUGGACAAUUUUGGCAUUAUGUACGUUUGAGCAUCCGACCGUUGGAGAAAUAUUCUACAAAAAAAGAAACAAUUGAACGCUAUAUUCAUACUUCAUCAUGCGUAAUCUUGCGAAGCACAACGGGAAACCAACACAUUAAACACAAACAAACAAUUGUUUUAAAUCUCAAAAUUUUAUAUUUUUGCUAUACAUGGCUAUAUUGAGUGGGAUAUUGUUGCAUCCGUUUACCUUAACACUAUAUGAUUGGCUUGGUUGUAUCGUUUGCACCAAUUGUAGGUAUCUAAAACUAAUCAACAAACAACACAUCACUUCUUUUACAUUAUUACGUGCCCUUUUGUUUGCGUGUUUUCGCGUGUGUAUGCCGUGUUGAAGAUACAUACUGCAAUGACGAAUUUUCCGAUUUUGUAUCAACGUUUACCGACAUUGUGUAAGGUUUUUUUUUCAUUCCAAGUACAGGAUCCGGAACCAAUUGUGUCUUUCGCUGCAGGGAAUUGUGAGAUUAGCCCAAAAUUGUUUGUACGAUCCACUCAUCCAAAAAUAUCUAUAUUAUCGCAUGAACGAUGAAAUAAAUCUUUUGUCACAAAGGUCAAGGUUCAUCAA